AUGUCAGGAGUUGGUGAAGCAGCGGCGGCCAUCGCUAUUGUCAACCUCGGACUGCAAGUAUCUAAACACGCUCUGCAUUAUGGCACAGAAGUCUACGGGGCAUCAGAUGAAGCAGCAAAGAUACAGGAACAGGUACGGAUUAUCUGCCUAUAUUUUGCGGCUUUGAAUGAGCUUCGGGCAAAUCAAACGUCCGGCUCUUCAAGUAAAGUUCACACGUUUAUCCUCAUGUUUUUCAAGCAAUGUGAUAUGCAUUUGAAAGCCCUCUGGAGGACGCUCCUCACUGCAUGCCAUAUGCCAAUGGACACUGCGAUUGACGGAGUCCUUAGAAUCUCCUGCUAUCGAAAAUUAUUGUGGCCCUGCAACAAGAAGAGACUUCACGAAAGUCUAAACUGUCUAAAAGAAUUGAAGGAAGAUGCUUUCAAGAUCUUGCUCCUCUUGGGUCUUCUUCAACGGCCAAGGUCUGGAUUUGUUGCGAGGCUCACAGCAGGAAUAGAGCGUAGCACAGAAAAGAUCGCACAGCUGUGGAGUGAAGUGAAGAUCAAAUAUUCACCUGGUGCUGAGAGUGGAAAAGUGCAGAGCUUGGAAGAUCUGCAAUCUUGGGUCCCGGGUGCAGGGCCACGCAAUCUACCUGAGGUUAUGGCCCUAGCUUUGGGAGGACCUCGGUUUUUACUUCGCGCGACAUCUGAGGAUAUGGAGGCAAGAUAUAUCCGGGAAACCGCAGAGAGAGACUUCCAAGAAUUGCUCUCAUGGGAAGAAGCAAACCCACCACGUUUGUCCCAGAGCCAAAUUGAUCAAGCACUCAACGAAAUUCAACAUGCUGAUGGGGUUGAGGACGUUGCCGAUGGUGAUCAUCUCUAG